UGACUCGUACGGCGAGUGUUCGAUAGGACCGUGACAGACGUCGCUUGGCACUUGUAACAUCCACGUGCAUUUAAUUUAAGCUGAUAAACUGAUCUUGACAGUGAAAAAAUAUUUAUUAUUCGUGAUUAUUAAAUUCAAACGGAAAAUUUAAGCUAAAAAAUUUAAUAUUUGGUGAUUUGGUGUUGUGAUUAUCGUGUGUUGUAAUAUUGGUGAACGAUGACAAGACAACCAAAAUUGUCGGAAGGUUGAAAAAUAUAUUUUUUACACACUUGGGUUCAAAAGUUUUGUGGAUGAUGCUGCUAAGAUUUAUAACGAAUAAAUUUAUUUAUUAUGGUGACAAUAAUGCUGUUUGUAAAACAGCCAUUGUCGUAUUUUUAUUUAGUUACAUAAUUGGAAUUGAGGGAAGAAAUUUCCAUGGAACGGAAAUUAGAGAUAAUAAACCUCAAGAACAAUUUGGAUACUCGAGAUUAACAAGUUUUUCACAUGAUAAAUUGUAUCCUGUUUUAAGAAAACGUCUUAGUGUUGAUAGAUUUUUUGACGAAAGUGCUGAUACUUAUAGUAAUAAUAAUAAUAAUGAUAAUAAUUAUAAUAAUAAUAAAAGUAAUAACGCUAAUAAUGCUAAAGAAGUUGUUAGAAAUAGAAGGAUUGAGAAGAAAGAAAUCAGAAAUGCAUCAAGAAAUAAUAAUAUAUAUGAAAGAUUCUCCGAGUUGAAAAAUAGUAAAGAAGUAAAAAAUAAAAUGAUUAAUGACGAAUUCACGGAUAUCGAAUUGGGGAGUUCGGAAGAUUUAAAUGAUGAAGACAAGGGAAAUAAAAAUGAAAUUGAAAAAUUUUUGGAUGACUUGAAGGGUACUGGGGAUACUAGUGAAGUCGAAGAACAAGUUAAUGGUAACAGUGUUCGCCGUGGUAGAAGAAGAAAAUUAAGUAGCCAUGAACAAGGGAUGUUACUUGUUGAGACUUUAAAGAAAAAAAAAAAUUACACGAGUUAUGAAGACCAUCGGGGACAUGCAGCAAAUCUCAACAGUGGAAUAAUGGACAUGCUCGGAAGAAUGAUUCCCCAAACGUGCAAAUAUAAGGGCGCCAAAUUCGAAUGUGGAUUGAGUAUCAGCUGCGUAUUGAGCGGUGGAAGACCUGUUGAUUUGUGUUCAGGUGGUUUGAUUUGGAGCUGCUGUAUUGAUGAUGAUGAUAUUCCUGAAAAGGAACCUUCACGACCUACAGCUGGACUACUUCAAAAUGCCACAUUUUCAUUGAACUUUCCGAAUCAACGGCCUUAUGUGGAAGAUGAUGUACGAAUAUAUGGAAAUGGAUUAGGACAGCGACCAAAUCGUCCAAAUGUCCAUCAUACCAGCAGUCAAAAUAAUGACAAUAGUGGAGUAUAUGGACCGACUUAUUCCGCUUGGGAGCAAGAUCGUCCCAAUGAUUUGUCGUCAUACGAUCGGCCAAGUUACGUUAAUCAUCCCGAAGUAAAUUAUCCUAAUAACUAUUAUCCUGAUGAUGAUUACAACAGCCGGCCAACGAUUGCUGGAGGUACUGGAGAUUAUCAAAAUAUUCCAGCGGACCAAUCCAAGUACCGUGGCUGCGGUGAGCUCUACACAAGAAGUAACAGGAUCGUAGGUGGACACAGCUCAAGCUUCGGCAGUCAUCCAUGGCAGGCUGCGAUUAUAAAAUCUGGUUUCUUAUCAAAAAAAUUAUCAUGUGGUGGAGCAUUAUUAAAUAAUCGUUGGGUCGUAACUGCUGCUCACUGCGUUGCUACAACACCAAAUAAUAAUCUAAAAGUAAGAUUAGGUGAAUGGGACGUAAGAGACGGAAGUGAAAAACAAUUGCACGAAGAAUACAAUAUAGAAAGAAAAGAGGUUCAUCCUCAAUAUUCACCGACAGAUUUUCGGAAUGAUGUUGCUCUAGUGAAGCUUUCGCGUGCUGUUGCUUUCAAACAACACAUUAUUCCUGUUUGUUUGCCCGCAAGAAAUCUAAAACUUUCAGGACGAACUGCAACCGUUGCCGGCUGGGGGAGAACUCGACAUGGUCAGAGUUCAUCUCCAAAUGUAUUGCAAGAAGUCGACGUCGAAGUUAUUCCAAAUGAACGAUGUCAAAGGUGGUUCAGAGCUGCUGGGCGAAGGGAAACGAUUCAUGACGUUUUUCUGUGCGCUGGUUACAAAGAAGGCGGCAGAGAUUCUUGUCAAGGCGACUCAGGCGGUCCUUUAACGAUGUCCGUUGAAGGAAGACAUGUUUUGAUAGGUCUAGUAUCCUGGGGAAUUGGAUGUGGUCGUGAACAUUUACCAGGUGUUUAUACAAAUAUACAAAAAUUUGUACCGUGGAUUGACAAAGUGAUGAGUUGAGAUGUUACUAUUGUAGACGGAAUUAUUUAAAUAAUUAUUUUUUAUUUAUU